AUGAAAUACUUAACAAUUUAAAUUGCUUUAAUGUUAGUUCUGGUAAGUUACUGUCAAAGCGCAGUAACUGUAAAAAAUUCAAAUGGCAAAAUUUUAAGAAGUGAUUAUGUUUCUUAGGUUUUUGAUGAAACAUAGAAAUUAAUUAUGACCUAUAAUGAUAUUGAAGAUAAAUCAAUAGAAUAACUAUAAAAUAAAAUGUUUAUUUAAGAUAAUUAAUCAACAUGCUAGACAGAUAAUGAAUGUCUAAACGAUGGGAUUUGCUAUGAAAAAUAAUGCUAUUGCAAAACUUUAUUUGUUGGUCCAACUUGCCAGUAUUAACUCAGUACCCCACCAGAAGUGAGCAAAUUUUGGUUUGCAGUAAUAUGCAUUUGCAGUAUCAUUGCUGGUAUACUUCUCAUGAUCUUGGUAAACUAUAUUAUAAAAUUGAGAUCUGAAGCUAAAUUUAAAAGAGAAGGCGAGUACAAUGAUAACAAAUAUGAAAUAUGGUAAUAAAAAUUGGAUAAUUAGCAGUGA